CCUGAUUUUUGUUAAUUAUUAGUAGGUGUGUGAGGUGCAGCGUUGGUGAGAGAUAAGAUAGCGUGGAGGCAGAGGUCUUGUGGAGGCAGUUGGUAGCUUGUGAGGGCCGAGGCCACAGUCACUCCCGCCACGUACUCCUUGUUGCCGCCGAAGAUGAACGGGAGCAAGGCCCCAGCUGCUACCCCAGGCGAGGAGAUCACCAAGGAGAUCCGCAAACUCAGUUUCGAGGAUAAGUCAACGAGUAACAAAGAGAGCAGACAGCAGCAGCUGGAGCAGACGUCAGCAGCCUUGUCUCUCCCACAAGAGUUCGUCGUCAAGUACCUGGGACACCGCGACGCUGGAGGACUCUGGGGCAUCAAGCACACGAGGAAACCUGUGGACGAAAUGGUAGCUCAGGCGAAGGAGAUGAAGGCGGGCGAGACGCUGCCCUUCCUCAAGCUGACAGUGAGUGACAAGGGCGUCGACAUCACCGACAUGCCCCAGAACGUCAACAAGGACUUCGAAGGCGGCUUCUACAACAUCGACGUCAUCAGCUACGGCGUGCAAGACCUGGUGUACACGCGAGUGUUCGCCAUGAUCGUGGUACGGGAGGAGUCAGGAAGCAUCAAAACCCAACACCCGUUCCAGUGUCACGCCUUCGUCUGCGACUCCCGACACAACGCCCGCAAGCUCACCUUCGCCCUGGCCCAGGCCUUCCAGCAGUUCUCCAAGGAGGUGAAGGGCAACAAGUCCGUCAAGAAACCGAAAAAGUUCGCCAUUGAUCUCCGCUCGCCAGAGGAGAUCGAGGUUGACCUUAAGGAAGCAGACUCGGAGGCCUAAGGAGGAGGGUUGACGGCCCUCAACUCUCACUACCAAUUAUAACAAGUAAAAACACAAAAUUAUAAACUGAGGAAAAAUUCUAGAUAUUGAAGCAAAAAAUAACAGAAACGAUGAACAGUGAACAGGGGGAACUAAAACAAACAAGCAAUAAUUAAGUAUUUAAGAAAUGCCUGAAAGUGUACACUUAUAAAACAUUUUUGAUUAUUAAUAUUAUUUUCUUAUUUAUUGUAAAAAAUAAUAAUAUUAGUAUUAAAGAGGAUAUAAAUUAUAAGGGGAUAAUAAAAUAAUUCAAUGGAGCAAAUUUAAGUGACAAUUAGUAUGGAGACGUUAUAAAGUGCGUUAGGGCGCUAGACACAAGGGCCUUAAGAGUGUAGAAAGCCGGAGCAAGACACCAAGCCUGGUGACAAGCCGCCGGCGUGAACCAGCAGUGACUGACGGAGCCUGCUGGAGGCUCGUGUGAGGAGCACUAACAGGAAGCUUCACAGCCCUCAACAUUAUCAUUCAACAAGAGCCAGACACGCAUGGUUCUAUCCUAGCUGUUGUUGCCAUCUCUCAGUGAUGUUAAUACCUCUCCAACACCGCCUCGCACCUCCCAUCUCCACGAGGCCUUCGUAACCCCGAGGUCCACCUCUCGUCAUCACUAUCGAGGUCCUCCUUCUACAGGUGUUCCUACUAUGGCCGCUCCAGCUGCUCCCAACAUCCACCUCACCAUCAUCAUCAUCAUCUAAAAAAACAUAAUCGUCGUGACACUAUUAUUUCCUCUACCAUGACGAGACCCUCGCAGACACGUCCCUGCACGACGAGAACCCCACAGACACGUCCCUGGACGACGAGACCCUCACA